AUGACACGGUCGGCUUCAUUGUCAAGUCACGAAAAAUUGUCGAUUUACACGUCCAACGAAUCCGCUGUGCUUCAAGAGUUGUCUCAAGCUGUUACAAAAAUUGUCAAGUCACUGGAAGGCGACAAACCAUCUGCGACUCAUAUAAUUAAAGUUACAACACAUAAAGCUGAUGCGAAAAGUAUUGACCCAUUUAUCGAGACAAUUGCUACAACAGCGAAUGUCCUGCUUAUUGUGUCGAAAAUUAUGUCGAAUCGUAAAAUGGAAAAAAUUUUAUUAUCGUGCAGCGGCACGUCUCAACAAAAGUUUCUCAUCGUUCUACUCAAACCAUUUGGAAACAGCAUAAAAUUAAUGUUGGACAUCAUGUGGCGAAAGUUUAUUUUAAAUGUUCAUGUUGUUACGCUUGAAGCAAACGGUGACGUUGCAUUGUACACUUACUUCCCAUUCACCAAGGACUUUUGCGGUCAAGUUCAUCCGGUGGUAUGGAAUAUUUAUAGAAAUGGAGCGUUCGUCACGCAACGCGAACACUUCCCGCGGAAAGAUAAAAACUUUUUCCGAUGUACUCUCGAUGUUGCUGUGUUUAACGUCCCACCAUUCACACUUUUCAUCAAUGAAAGCACAAAUUUCGAUGUCAGUGGUGUCGAUGGAAACCUUAUCAAGGUCCUGUCAGUGGAGUUGAAUUUCACAAUCAAUUGGAUUAUCGUGUCAGAUGAUUUAAGAUGGGGUGAAAUUUACGCCAAUUACAGUUCAACAGGAGCUACAAAUCUUGUGAUGAAUCGAAAAGUGGAUUUAUCGAUAGGGAUGUGGUCAAGAACAUCGAGACGAACAAAAGCGCUUUCAUUCUCUUCAAUUACUUACGCUCAAGGAGGCUUAAUUCUAAUUGUCCCUCCCGGUGCUGAAAUAUCAUCAUUCUCGAAGUUACUUCAACCAUUUAAUCCUUCUGUAUGGUACUUUGUUAUUGCAACAUUGUUUAUUGUAGUCAUCGCAACAAUCUUUUUAAAUUAUUCACCAAGAAAAGUUAAAGACUUUGUAUUUGGCAAACACAUUCGCACACCAUUCUUGAAUAUAAUCAUUGUGAUGAUAGGAUCGCCAAUGCAUCAUGUACCUGGUCGAAACUUCUCAAGAUGGAUUCUUACAUUGUUUAUUCUAAUGUGGUUAAUUAUACGUAACUUGUACCAAGCUGUGCUUUAUAAAGAGCUUCAGUCAUCCGAAAGAAAUCGCCACGUGGAAAGCCUUGAAGAAAUGAUUCGCCAAGGAUUUCAUUAUUACAUGAUUGCACCUACAAUAGAAAACAUCAUACAUUUGCCAGAGGUUUAUGAAAGACGGAUUAUUGUCUCACGAGUUGAGUCCGAUUUGAUUGUGAGAGGAAAGUUCAACGACCCGACAGUGAAAGCUGGAUUUGUAGCUGGUUUCCAUACACUUUUGUAUAUUAACAAAGUAAAUCUUUAUGGUUUCCACUUGAACUUUUGCAAAGAACCGCUGCUGUUGCGUCAAUUCGGAAUUGUUUUCCCCAUGAAUUCAUUCCUCGUUUCAAGCUUCGAUGAAAAAUUAAUUAUUCUUGUUGAAAAUGGUUUAAUUGAGUAUUGGUUGAUGGAGAAUACAGAAAGUGAUGGAUUUGCUUUGCCAGAAGUUCGAGAGCCAAUGAAGCUUACACUCAAUCACUUAUUAAGUGCAUAUCAAGUACUUGGAUUGGGAUUAAGUCUCGCCACAACGACGUUUGGAUUUGAAUUGAUUGUCCGAAGAAUAAAUUUCCUUCAAAAAUGUUUGUAA